GAUAUCAAACGUGCUAACAAUUUGAUCGGAACCGUCGGUACUGAGGAGUGACUAAGUGAUGUUCUAAAUCCAAGGAUGAGUUGUUCCAUCGUUCUCCAGGAUAGCCAGAUGAUGUUACCGUACAGUGCACAGCAGCAGCAACAGCAGCAUCAGUCGGAAGACAGCCAACAACCAUCAUCGGAAGGAAUUCAGUUUCAACAGUUUUUUUACGCCCAGAACCCACUCGGAUUACCUUCAACGGCGGGAAACGUAUCUAGUGAUUAUCAAAUACCGCUGGACUUGUCACUGCGCCAAGGGAAUGUACCAAUGACUCCACCGUCGACUCCAUCACCCCCGCGGAAGCGAACCAAAACCUUUGACGAGGACGACUGGAAGUUGAAGCUGGUCAGCAGCAGUUUGAGAUCGAUUAAUCAAUUCUGUGACACCGUGUGCAUCGACGAUAAAAAGUACUACGCCAACACUACCCUAACGUCAAACAGUGCACGCUUUCGCUACUUCGACGACUCCGCUCGGCUACCGCCCUUCAAAUCUCUGCAGACAACUUCUUCCGACACCGCGACCACAAAUACUACACCCUUGACGGAACUUGCGCCGGAACCGGAAGUCGAAGAAUUUAUCGAUAUCACCGGUCAGGAAGAUUCCGGCGAAGCAUCCUGCCGAUCACCAUCGAAUAUCGACGUAGAAUCGCUAGACCCGGGUGACGAAGACGAUGACGACGAUGACAGUCAGCAAUCGAUCAACAUCGUCGACAGCGAGAAGGAGAACAGCGACGCCGUACUGGUUGAUGGGCAGCGUUACUUUCAGAACGAGAAACUACAUCUGCAAGCUAUUGAAGGAUUCGCUCGACUGUUUGAGCGAAGUUUCGUUGGGUACGACCGCCCUCACUCGAAGGAACGGCUGACGAAAAGCAAUUCGCAUCGCCCAAAAACGGAGCGACGGCGGAUCAAGACUAGGAAACAGCUGGUGGAUGAAGAUAAUACGAGUCCGGUGUCGGGGACGAUCAUCCGGAAGUUGCAGGAUGGGGAAGAGCUGGUGGUUCGCAAGGGUGAUAUUGAUCCGGCAUUUAAUGUGGUUGAAAUAACUGACGAGGCGAAGGAGAUUCUGUCGAAGAUUGAGAAUAAAAUCGGAUCGUACCUGUGUCAGCUGUGCCGGGCGUUGUACGACGAUGCGUUCGGGCUAGCUCAGCACCGGUGCUCGCGGAUCGUACACAUCGAGUAUCGCUGUUCGGAGUGUGAUAAGGUGUUCAACUGUCCGGCGAAUCUGGCAUCGCACAAGCGGUGGCAUAAGCCAAGGGGUUCCGGUUCUGGUGGGGGAUCAGAGACAAUCGGUGCUAGUGAUGUUGGGGAAGAGGGUAAAAGGAAAAGUGCAGGAGCGAAUCGUUCCGAUGGUGUGGACAGAAAGGACGAUGAGUGCGUUGAGAUUGUGGAUACCGAUGGUGGCGGUGAUCACGGUGGACCGACGGGUUUUCAUGUUCCGGAGGAAAGCUACCGGUGCGGUCAGUGCGGGAAGAGCUUCAGAAGACAAAGCUACCUGAAAAAACACCUCCAGUCUCACCAAAUUCCCGCGAUGGACGUCCCGGGAAGACCGAAUGGAACCACUUCCGGUAUGCUAAAUGCUACGACACUGGCCCACCAGAAUGCAGUAGCCGCGGCGGCACUUUUCUGUGGUCAAUCACAGGCACACGGCUCGGCCGGUGUAACAUUCCCACGAAGUACGGGCACCGUCGGAGGUUUGUUUCCGUUCGCCGCCUACGGCGGGAACCAGUUUUCGAAGGACGUCGGCAACUAUUCCGAGUUCGAGAAAAGACGCUGGCAAUCACUCAGCGAGUUGUACCUCCAGCAGAGGGAGCGACUAUCCGCCUUUCAGUACGUUCGACAUCACCAAUAUGAGGAUUAUCUGAAGAGCUUUCAGCCCUUCCAGUUCGGACGGGACAAAACCUGACAGAACGUGCUGCGGCCGGUACCGCGGCUGGCAGCACCGGCCAACCUGUGGCCGCACGGGCAACCCUCCUCCACAACUACCCUGAGCUUAUCCACGUCGACGGUAGCUGUUACUCCAUCAGACGAAGCACUUCGACCGUCACAGCCUACUAUGAACGCAGACGCAUCGUUUCAUCACCUGCCGUCGGCGACCAGCACGUCACAGCCUCAACCGGCAACGGCUGCAGCUCGAAUCAUAGAACAUGUCCACCAGAGUUACCAGAGCUUAAAUUAAAUUCAUUCGGGACGGAAAUUACGGGAGUGUUAAUUGAAACAGAUAAAAUUUCGCGGAACGCCUCAAAUGUCAAAAAUUAAGUACGAUAAAUUCGCGUGUUUAGUGCCGUUUACUCCCGGUAGUCGACGCAUCAAUCGUAUUAAGUGUGAUCGGUUAUAGAAAUUUCCCUUAGGACUGUUAUCGAAAUCGAAUCUCCGGAAGAAUGUUAGCGUAAAAAAUAUCAAUCUAUCCCCCCAACGGAAGGAAUCAUAUAACAUCAAUAAACAGGCUUUUGAUAGCGCAUUA